CUGAGAGGCGGCGCGAGCUGCUCUCCGUUCCGCUCCGUCUCUGUAGAGUCCUCAAUGUUGAUCACUACAUGGCGGUAACGCGGAACGCUGCGAAAGUCAGUCAGCUAUCUACAGCUUCUUCUUAUUGCACUUGGGACAGUGAUUUUAAAUUAUUAUGAUGUGUGCAAUUCCAUGAACCACAGAUCAUUGUAAAAUUGUGAGUGCUUUGCCAGCAAGUCUCUACAACUUCACAAUCCUGGUCGGCGUAAUACGGUUCGCCUCAUAGUGAGGCAAAGGUCUGAUGAUGGAGAAUGGACAAGGCACAGGCUCAAAGCUUGUAUUACCGCCUCUUACUCCAGAGCAACAGGAGGCGCUACAGAAGGCUAAGAAGUAUGCCAUGGAACAGAGCAUCAAGAGUGUUUUAGUGAAACAGACCAUCGCCCACCAGCAACAGCAGCUCACAAACUUACAGAUGGCAGCAGUGACAAUGGGCUUUGGAGAUCCUCUCUCAUCUUUACAAUCGGUGGCAGCACAGAGGCAGCGUGCUCUGGCCAUCAUGUGUCGCGUGUAUGUGGGCUCCAUUUAUUACGAGCUGGGGGAAGAUACCAUCCGGCAGGCCUUCGCCCCCUUUGGUCCCAUUAAGAGCAUUGAUAUGUCUUGGGACUCUGUCACCAUGAAACACAAGGGCUUUGCCUUUGUGGAGUAUGAGGUUCCUGAAGCAGCUCAGCUGGCCUUGGAGCAGAUGAACUCCGUUAUGCUGGGUGGAAGGAACAUUAAGGUGGGGCGGCCAAGUAACAUUGGACAGGCGCAGCCCAUCAUCGACCAACUGGCAGAGGAGGCACGUGCCUUCAACCGAAUCUAUGUAGCCUCUAUCCACCCUGAUCUAUCUGACGACGACAUUAAGAGUGUCUUUGAGGCCUUUGGAAAGAUUAAAAGUUGUAUGCUGGCACGGGAACCCACCACGGGAAAGCACAAGGGCUUCGGAUUCAUUGAAUAUGAAAAGCCUCAGUCAUCGCUGGAUGCCGUGUCUUCUAUGAACCUGUUUGACCUUGGAGGUCAGUACCUAAGAGUAGGGAAGGCUGUAACUCCUCCUAUACCUCUGUUGGCACCUACGACCCCUGGAGGUCUGCCUCCUGCUGCAGCUGUGGCGGCUGCUGCUGCGACUGCCAAGAUCACUGCCCAGGAGGCUGUUGUUGGAGCGACAGUGCUGGGUUCUCUCACUUCACCAGCGCACAUUCUCAGUCAGCAAAUGGGACUUCCACAGGCCGUACUGGCCGCCCAGGCUCCUGGCAUCAUCACAGGUGUGACACCUGCUCGCCCCACUCUCCCUGUAGUCCCUCAGGUUGGUUUGGUCAACCCAGUACUAGCAUCCCCACCUGUCACAACAUCUGCAUCUGUGGGAACACCAACAUCUACAGCACAAACGCAUACAGAAGUGAAGAGAGAGGAAGACAAGAUGCGAACUGAAGAUCAGAGUGCGCCAGUCGGAAAUGGACAGGAUCGUGAACUGGAGCAGCUAAGCGUCAGUGCAAGUGGAGGAAAACAGACAGUCACGCAGUCGAAGCCAUCAACAGUUAUGGUGCUACGCAACAUGGUGGGCCCAGAGGACAUCGAUGAUGACCUGGAAGGUGAAGUGAUGGAGGAAUGUGGGAAGUAUGGCGCUGUUAAUCGGGUUAUCAUAUACCAGGAACGGCAGGGUGAUGAGGACGGUGCUGAGAUAAUAGUGAAGAUCUUUGUGGAGUUUUCUGAUGCCGAUGAAAUGAACAAGGCCAUCCAGGCUCUCAACAACCGCUGGUUUGCAGGUCGCAAGGUUGUUGCAGAGUUGUAUGAUCAAGAGCGUUUUAAUAACAGUGACCUCUCUGCGUAAAACUGUCUCCAAAUGGCCACUGGCCCCAUCUCUUGGCACUCAAACUCACUCAGCUUUCAUCACUGCUGCUUGAGAUCUGGGCCUCUUUGAAACUUGUAAUUAUUUUUUUAUUGAUGUUGAUAGUGAUAAUAUUAUUGGAAAAAUCCCAAUGGUGGGAUUUAGCAUAGGACAAAAAAACAUGCUCCUUGUACAUUUACUUUGUGUCACCUACUGUAUAAGACUUGCAUUUUUUUUUAACAGUCAUUAUCAUUUGCAGGGUGUUGUUUUCCAAUUUUGAAGAAAAGAUGCAAUUUUCCCCAUUCCCACCCCACUUUUUUACAAAUGGCAACUUUUUCUCCGCUGACGUUGUGUUCAGACCCUAAACAUUGUGUUGGUGACAUUGGUUCUGCCUUUACCAAAACAAUAAAUUUCUCUAAUAUGCA